CAACCGGGCGCGUCACGAGUACCUGGCCAUGGAAAACGACGGCGACGUCGUCGUGGACGCACCAGUUGACAUCACCGACAACAACCAUGGGGACGAGCUAAACCUCGAGGUGACUCCCGAGUUUGCACCGCGCUUGGAGCCCCUGCACCAGCAGCAAGCGUCCGAAGAAGACACGGCCAAAGGCGCUCAGCUCUGCGCGGCGUCGAAAGAAGGUGCGAUGGAAACCGUGCGCAAGCUCGUGCUCGACAAUGCGCCCGUCGGAUUUGUGACGACGUCGGGCUGGACGCCGCUGGCGUUUGCUUGCUUCAACGGACGCCUCGAGGUGGUGCAGUACUUUCUCGAUCUGGGGGCUGCCGACACGUACAAGCAGGCGCCAAUCACGACUGGCGAGAAGCGCAAGCCGGCGCAAGUCAACACGCCGCUGCACUGGGCCAUCUACAAGGGCCACCCGAUGGUCGUGUACACGCUCGUGACAAACGGCUUUUCGAUUGAAGACGCCGACUCGUGCGGCAACCGCGCGUUGCACCUCGCUUGCUCCAAUGGCACGUUCGCCAUCAUUGAAAUCAUCUUGUCGCACGCGCCCGAUCUCGCGGCCAAGAACGUGUAUGGCAACACGCCGAUGGACCUCACGACGGACGGCGCGGUCCGCAAGCUACUGAAGAAGAUGCAAACGCAAACGAUGUGCGACGAGUGCCACGACGUGUUUUCGCGCAGCCGCCGUGGUACGUUGUGUCAGCAGUGCCACAACCUUGUCUGCAACACUGGUUCGUGCUCGUCGAGCCUCGAGAUGCCGUGGGGAACGACCGACAAGAGCGUGCGCCGCGUGCGCUACUGUCGCGCGUGCGUCCAGGCGCUUGCGCAGGUCGAAGCCGACCUCGAGCAGGUGCUGACCUCGAAGCGCUUGGCGGUCGCCGAAGCGAUGUCGCCGCUCGCGGCGCUUGAGGCGUCGUUGGCCACCUUUACGCCUGCCCCCAAGCCAGGCACGCCCGUGGACACCGAGGCGCUGGUCGGUGUCGAGCAGCCACCGCCGACGCCGAUUUCAAAAGGCGCGCUCGUCAAGCAACUGCUUGCGCUGCUCUUGAGUCUCGAGAGCAACGAUGCUGAUGUCGAGGCGCUGCAGACGGCGAUUGAUGCGGCCGCAGAAAAGAAGGCGAAUGCGUGGCUGCUCCAAGACGCCCGCGCCACGUACGAACAGCACAUUGCGCACAUCAAGCUCAUCCAAGAAAUCAAAGCCGUCUUGGCCACCCGGCCGAUUAGCACGCGAUCGCUGGUCGCGGCACUCCGCCGGGUGUGGCGCCAAGCGCAGGUCGAGGGCGUCGAAGGCGCACUCGUGCAAGCCGCGCAACGCGUCAUUGUAUUGGCCGAGUCAGAAGCGAGCUUGUACGGCGCGUACAUGCUCUGUGCCCGCAUCCAAGUCGGGUCGGCGCAGUUCAACAACGACUUCGUGCGCCUGAACCACUGCUUGACCAUGGUCGAAGACUACGGCGUCAGCGACACCUUGCUGCGCAACGCGUGGGGCUUGCGCGACCGCCUUAGCGCCGAGAUGACGCUGGAAGCGGCCCUCUUUCCAUUUGAAGAGCGCAUGGAUGGGCUCACCAACCAGUCCCAGUACGUCUUUCACGACGGCAAGAUCGCGGCCAGUCUCCUUGAGGCCCUCACGCUACGGAACCAGACGCUUACGGUCGCCGUGGAAGUCGCUGCCAAGGUCGAGGAGGCAACGCCCGUCGCGUCGCACCUCGUGGAGAAGGCCAAGGAGUUUCUCGUCAAGCUGAAAAAGGACAUUAAAGAAGAGCAAAAGAAGGAAGACGAACGUCGACGCAUUGCCGAAGAAGAGGCGCUCAAGGCCGCCAAGAAGGGCAAGAAGGGCAAGAAGGGCGGGAAGAAAUAA